AACAGCCAACCCAAGCCUUGUGUGGGAUCUCGGAAUAUUCGGUGCGGAGAGGUCAAGCAUUGCACCUCUCCGGACGCGUCUACAACCGCAUCUGAAUUGGCCAGCUCUUGGGAGUGCUCCCUCCAGGGAUCACGAGCGUCUUACAACACCCUCCUCUUAUCCUUCUGAUCUUUGCUAAGAGACAGAACCUCCAACACCAUGGCAACCCCGCCGCCCCGUCGUUCAGGCACUGAUCUUGCCACCGCCCCAGUUCCAUUCUCCUAUGCUCAAGCAGCCAAAGGCUUGUCCACCGCGGCUUCCGCAGCGGCCCCCAGCAAGUCAACCACUGGGACGAUAACGCCAUCCAAAGAUGCAAGCCUUGCAGUGUCGACAGCACCCGCGACGUCGGCCCUGAGCUGGGCUGAUGAUACCGAGGCGGAUGACCUCCCACCCCAGAAGCCCUCAAUCUCACGAGAGACCCAAGUGAAUGGAGCACCAGUGUCGAGUAAGCAGGUCAUUGUUCAGCAAACAUCCGCGGCCUCGAGUGUCUCCUCACCAGAGCUGGGCACUUCAUCAUCCUCAACAAUCGCCAAAGAUGAUGAUGUCUCAUCGAUUCAAAACACUUCAUCCGAGUCGACCUGGGAGAACAAGUCACAAGCAUCAACCUCGGUUGACAAGUCCGCAGAAGCAGGAGAAAAGACGGCAGACAAGUUCAAGGGCAAAGAUUUGGAUCGAUCUACAUUUAAGCCUCUUCAGGAGGCUCCAGUACCAGUUGUCAAUAUUUGGAAACAACGGGCUGAUGACCUCGCAGCCAAAGCCAAGGCAGCACAGAAGCCCGCACUCCCUAAAUCGGUUCCGGCUACGCCCGCCCCAGCCACUCCAAACGGCGUAGCGCAAGGUCCAAACGGGAUCGCGGCAAGAAAGAGUAAAGGUGUCAUAACUGCCGACUCGGCUGAUGUUAAAGAGAAAGGAUCCCCUAGCGAGAGCAGGGUGAAAGCCCGCGAAGAUGAUAGGACUGUCCAGGCUCGAAGAGAGACGAAGACGGAAGCCGAUACUGAGAAAUUCAGAAAAGGCGGAAAAGGCAGGACUUCAGAAAAGGACGUUAAACCAGUCACAAAUGUCCUCCCUCUUCCACCUGCGCGUGACCAGGAAUCUUGGCCAACCCCCGACAGUGCUAUCGAUGAAGACAAGAAAAAGGCGCAAGAAAAAGGUGAGAAGGGUGAGAAGGAACGUAACCCGAGCACGUCUAGUCGGUCGCAUGGGAAGCAAGAGUGGGUGACAGUCCCAUACACACCAAAUGUGAUAUUCAACACACCGUUACCCAACACUGCUCCAGGAAGAAGAGGCGGAAGAGGCGGGGGUCGUGGCGGGGCUCAAAGCGGUGGGAGGGGUAGCACGUAUGGAACAGCCAACGGUGGAGGGAAUUCUGAAAAGGAUCUCCCUACGCCCGCUACUAUGCCUAGUGGUGACCAGCUGAAGCGUGGGCGGCCGGAUGGACCUACAGGGCGGGAUUCCUCUCCUGUCAAGGGCAAGAGGACGGUGAGUGCCGGGUCUGCAUCUUUGAAAGACACGAAGUCCCCCGCCUUGUCCGGGGAGAAGCUUUCGAAGGCUGUGCCUUCCUCAGACAUGGAAACGCCAUCGAGGCGGGCCUCUGUCAUGACCGAACCGACUUCAGGGUCCCAAUUACCUGGUCAAAACAAUACAUUUCCGCGUCCAUAUCCUUCGAGCCGGCCAAACAAAGGAAGGAGGGGUGAAUUGCUAAGUCAGAGCGACAAGAGGAAGGAUGCUGACCUGGUGUCGCCAACCAAGGAUGCUAUGUUCUCGUAUAACCGCCAAAUAUCUUCCGCUACUCAGACUGAUGCUCCAGAAGAGGCGGAACGCCGAUCGUCAACUUUCUCAGAUGGCCAAAAUGGUCAACCGAAGGGAGGACCUACUGAGCGUCGUCCCUAUGGAUCGUUUUCUCUCCGUGACCGCGUUCGUGGUGCCCCACGUGGAGGCCGAGCGAACUACCAGAAUAGCCAUCAGUUCGCGAAUGGCCAUAUUCCACCACUUCAGUCUCCUUCAACAUUUCCAUUACCUCGAUCUCCAACCUCCUUCCACCCUGAUCAAGCUGCGUUCUUCCCCAACGCACCCUCACAUGGUCGGAAUUACCGAGGCAACGGACCACGAUCACAAUCGGUAACGACCGAGAACAUAUACGGUCGUGUUCCCGGCUACUCCGGAGGACCUCAAGAUAUCGCUCCAAUUUCGACCUACAUGGGUGCAAUGUACGACUAUCCUGUUAUGCAGCCAAUGAGUGCUAUGCCAUUCAGCCCAUACUCGGUCAACCAAUACACCCUUGUCUCUAUGGUCACAACACAGUUGGAAUAUUAUUUCUCUGUUGAAAAUCUUUGCAAAGAUAUCUUCCUUCGCAAGCAGAUGGAUUCAAAAGGAUUCGUAUUUCUCAGCGUAAUCGCUGAGUUCAAUCGCAUCAAGCAGCUCACCACGGACAUGGAGCUGAUCAAGUUUGUCUGCUACCAAUCGAGUGUCAUUGAAUUCCGUGUCGGUAAAGAUGGGAAAGACAGGCUUCGAAGACGAGAGGGGUGGGAACAGUGGGUGCUAGCGAAGUCCGAGAGAGCUUCUUCUGCACAGAACGAUGGCCCAGAAGAACUGCAUAACCCCCCCAUUCCCCAUCCCGCUGGCUUCGACCCAGGUAUGCCUCGUUAUACCGAAAUAUCCGCGGUUUCCCCGACUGGUCCGAUCCCGCUCCCAAGCGACGGAGGGUAUCCUGGGACAAAUGGCAUCCAUCCAGGUGGUUCCUUAAACGCUCCUCUGGCACAAGCGGAGAGCAUUCCAAAUGGUCAGGUCGUGGAUGGCUUAAACGAUUCCAUUACUGCCAACGGUCAACCAAACGAAGUAUCUACUCGGACUGUUACUGGUGAACCUGAUUCCUUCUCUGACGAGCAAGUGGAAACCUUGAGCAUCAUUGUUCGCAAGCAGGAUCAACCUUCUGCACCAACCUUGCCUCCGUCUGCCACUCGUACAUUCUCAAAUGGUUCCAUCGAUAGCAGAAGUGGUGUGUCGGACGAGGCUGAGAGGCUCAGCUCCCGGCUUUCCAGCCUCAAGGUUAAUGGCACCGGUCCUUCACAGGGUGUUGACAAAGUUCAAGAUGAACCUCGGAGAACCUCGAGCCCUUUUUCACCUUCCUCUGCUUCUGCUAUGAACCCGGUUCGUCUCUUCUGGGUUAAAGGCAAGGAAGGCCCCGUUGAAUCUCUUCCUCUUGACUCCACAUAUGAAUCGUAUACCCACCUUCGAUCGAAGGCGCUUGAUCAGCGCCAGAACGCCCUUCCUGGUACCUGCCCGUAUGAUAUGGACGUCCUUUAUCAAUUUUGGUCUCACUUUCUCAUCCGGAACUUCAACACGCAAAUGUACAACGAAUUCCGUCAUUUUGCUUUCGAGGAUGUUACGCAGAAAAUGUCUGACGUCGGCCUUCGAAAUUUAAUCAAGUAUUACGGAGAGUCUCUUUCAUCGUCACAAAGCCUAAUACGAGAGCGAGUUGCUCGCCACUACGUCGACCUAGUUAGAUCCGAGGAUGAGAAUCAACGACCCGCUUUCAGACAACUCAGGUCGGCAUGGCGCAACGGAGCUCUGAACUUGAGAAAUCGAAAACGUAUCGGCGACUUCCUCGAUGAAGAACUGAAAGGUUCAUUGGAGCAGUAGUGGCGUCUUCGACUUGUGUCUUUCCCCCCUUUUUUGGCUGGAUGUGUACCUAUUUACGAGUCCAUACCCUGGCGAACUUGUACCAUCGCCGAAGUGCUCGGCAUUCCCAUCGAUUAUCCUGUUCUCGUUCCCCAAACACUGUU